AUGCGCCGGCUGGCUUAUAUAAGCGGCGUCGGCGGGGAGGGCUCCAUAGUUCGCUCGCGCGACCCCGCUGCCGACGUUCCCGCCAGUCGCCGGCACACGCGCUUCGCUCACGCACACGUCCUCGAGCUCGCGCUCACCAUGUUGGCGGAGAAGCUGUGGGAGAGCGGCGCGCUGCUCGUGUUUGUGGGGGUGCUGGUAGCGGUGCGCCUGCUGCAGCUGUUCAGAGAGCUGUGCGCGCUGCCGCCCGGGCCCUGGGGGGUUCCGCUCAUCGGCUACUUGCCCUUCCUCAAGGGAGAUAUGCACCUGCAGUUCCACGACAUGGCGCGCCGCUACGGCCCCAUGUUCAGCGCGCGCCUGGGCAACCAACUGGUGGUGGUGCUGAGCGACCACAAGACAGUGCGGGACGCCUUCCGCCGCGAGGAGUUCACCGCCAGGCCCAAGUCCUUCGUCACCGACAUCCUCGACGGUUACGGAGUCAUCAACAGCGACGGCCGCCUGUGGAAGGAGCAGCGCCGCUUCCUGCACGAGCGCCUGCGCCACUUCGGCAUGCGCUACAUCGGCGCCGGCAAGGAGCACAUGGAGACGCGCAUCAUGAGUGAAGUGGAGAGCGUGCUGCGAACGCUCAACCGCUCCCGCGGGCAGCCCACCGACCUCAACCCGGUGCUGGGCAUGGCCGUGUCCAACGUCAUCUGCGACAUCCUCAUGUCGGUGCGCUUCGGGCGCGAGGACGCCAAGUUCCGGCGCUUCACCAGCCUCAUCGACGAGGGCUUCCGCCUGUUCGGCCGCCUCAACUGGGUCAACUUCGUGCCCGCCCUGCGCUUCCUACCCCGCCUCGCGCACACGCAGCAGAAGCUCGCCAAGGAUUUUAGUUUUGGUAGUGAUGUCAUGAUGUGGACUCAGUGGAACCGAUUCCGGUGCAGUGCAUGUAGAAAAGAAAAGUAUCAUCCCUCGCCGGCGUGGGCUCCGGGCUGUGCGAGUGGCUUUCGCCCUGGGCCGAAAGGGGCCGUGGCCCCGAUAGCCCGGCAGAAGCGGCGCGUAUAG